CAAGUACGACAGUCUCUCUUUUGCGCACUCUACCAGGCAUACAAACCUUUUACUUUACUUUACUUUACUUUAUUCAGAAACAGAGAAUACGCAAGAGGACUAUUGAGAAAGAAGACAUCAUGGCGGUACGAGCACAAUUUGAGAAUUCCAAUGAGGUCGGUGUAUUCUCGACGUUGACGAAUAGUUAUGCGUUGGUUGCUGUGGGUGCUAGUGAGAAUUUCUAUAGUGUAUUCGAAGCAGAGCUGCAGGAUGUCAUUCCCAUCUGCCAUGCGACAAUUGCGGGUACGAGGAUUAUCGGCCGGUUGACAGCUGGAAACCGAAAAGGCCUCUUAGUACCAACCAGCACAACAGACCAAGAACUCCAACAUCUACGCAAUUCACUACCCGAUGAAGUGAAGAUACAGAGAAUAGAAGAACGCCUCUCCGCCCUCGGCAACGUCAUCGUCUCCAAUGACCACGUCGCCCUCGUCCACCCCGAUCUCGAGCGUGAAACCGAAGAAAUAAUCGCCGACGUGCUCGGCGUUGAAGUUUUCCGACAAACGAUUGCGGACAACGUUCUGGUCGGUUCCUACAUGGCUCUCUCGAACCAAGGCGGCAUCGUGCACCCAAAGACCUCUAUCCAAGAUCAAGACGAGCUUUCGAGUUUAUUACAAGUCCCGCUUGUGGCAGGUAGUGUUAAUCGGGGAUCAAGUGUGGUGGGCGCCGGUAUGGUAGUUAACGAUUGGCUUGCAGUUACUGGGCUCGAUACUACAGCGACGGAGCUGAGUGUUGUGGAGAGUGUGUUUAGGUUGGGUGAGGGCCAGGGACCAGGGAAUAUUAAGACGAGUCUGAAGGAUACAAUGGUGGAGAGCUUUUAUUGAGCGCCUGUCUGUUGGGAGUUCUACGAACGAGAUUCUUGGUAUCCUGUGGACGAUAUCCUUCACGGACUGCUUGCUUGGAGCUCGGAGAAAAUGGGAAUGGGAAAACAAGAGAUGAAUGGAUGAGGAUGAGAACUGUAUUCAUGGGUGGAUUCACAUCAUGCGAACGGGCCGGGUGGUAGGCUUGUUACCAUGCAAGGCGUUAUGGCCGUCAAUGGAGACUCUGUUUCGUCCUCGA